AAUAUUUAAUUACGUGUUUAAGACGGUGCGUCUCCCGAAAGAUUUUUGUUUUGGAAUUUCUUAAAAAUCGUGCUGCCAUUUGCAUCGUUCUUAUAAAAAGGACAUUUUGUGGUGAAUUGUUUAUUUUUUAAGGAAAUUCAGGUUGAUUUUUUUUCAUUCCGUAGGAAUUUUAUGACAUUCUAGUUAACGCGCUUCACGGUGACUGUUUUCUAACGACUUAGAAAUCUGUAUCAUUUUAAGGAGUGUGUUAUUAUUAAUCACGAGAAGGAACAUCGUUUUUAUUGUCAAUUAUUCAUAGCUGAUUACUCUGUUCUCAUAAGAAACAAAAAUAAGUGUCAUUUACACGGUCAGAUGAUUUACUACGUGUAAAUAAUAUGGAUGAUCCUAGUGUGUGUAUCGAUACUUUCAUUAGGAGAACUGUCUAACAUAACAUAGGAAGUGACUGAAACUUACAUCAUAUAUUUUUGACUUCUAAUAAUACCAAAAAAAUGUCGUCUGCUGAUGUUGGAUUUUCUUCGAAACUUGGAAUUACUUUGCUUGUAUUAUUUUUCAUUGGUGUUCAUGGCGACAUAGAAUUUGUGUUGUCUCGGAACAAAGGCACGUGGGAGAAGGCUUCCAGCUCGUGCAAAAGUAUACGUGGAAAUCUCGCCAUUUUGGAUAACCUCGAAUUGCAACGUGCUUUUGACCGAGACGUCACCUCUGCGCCCGGUGAGAGAGUGUGGGUCGGGCGGUACGUCGGAUACUCUCAAACUGUGACCAUUAAUGGUUGCUAUAGAAACCAGACUCUUGCUUUAAAAAGAAGUAAAUUACUGGUGAAUAAUUACUUGGUCACGUGCCUUAGAGAAUGUCAAGAUACAGCGUAUAUAGGCUUGCAGGGUCAGCUAUGUUACUGCGUGGACAAAAUUCCAUUACAAGCGGCCCCGGUUCCUGGGGCGUAUUGCAGGAGCCAAUGUCCUGGUGAAAACUCAGGAAGUUCCGCGACAGAGUUGGCCUGGUGCGGAAGGCAGGAUCCAGCCUUCGAUACAGUCUCGAUAUAUAGGAAGGUGAGACCAGGCGAAAUCAAAAUGGAUUUAAACGUUCCAAAUCAAGGAGAAUGUAUCGCCUAUAAUGCAAGGGAAGAUAAGUGGCUACCACUGAACUGUAAUCAGCCAAAGUUGUUCACCUGCGACAGAUUACAAUGUUCUGCGCCUUCGCCAAUGUGUGUCCUAGAGAGUAAUGCUCAAGCCACGUGGUAUCAGGCACGUGCACAAUGUGAAGGAACUAACAGUCGCUUAGCAACAGUAAACUCUACAACUAACAAUUUCUUCAAACAGAAAGUUAUUUUUAACGACCCCAUAUACUGGACUGCACUACACAGAAAAGAGGUUAUCGUAUGGAGUUAUGAGAAUAGUCUUAAUGACAUUGAGCAGUCGGAUAGAUGUUUUGCAGCCGUUAAACAACAAAAUGGCGGAUGGCAGCUUUUGAUGGACUGGUGCAGUAAUGAACAUAAAUACGCAUGCGUACAAGAUCAUAAGACUAAACCAACUUCGACAGAGCCCCCAAAAACAACGAGUUUCACAACGAAAACAACAAGACGGCCAACAACAGUGACAACAUUCUCAACGUCGACUUCAGAAACACUCCCAACAGUCGACCCGUACGCCACGCCGCUCAGUGUCACGUCAUCCGCGGGAAAACUUUUUAUGUGGAUCCGAAAUUUUGCUUUUGUAACUGUAUUUCAGCUGGCUUCGUUAAGCCUAACAGUUCGGUAUUUCACUGCCUACUGAUUUUUAAGAGCUGAGAACCCAAUUUAGAGGACUGCUUAUGUGUAAAAGCUCAUUUAUUUACUUCUAAUAUUCAUGUAUAUAUCCCCGAAAUAUGUGAACUGUCUCGUGUGUUACAGAUGCACACAACCUAUUGUGAUAAAUUAGUGAGUGUUACACAAAAUUAGUGAGUGUUACACACCAAAAUGAAAAUGAUUUCAUACUUUUUAGUGACAAAACUUGCUUACUCAUUGGCUGGACAAAGUUGUAUUUGAUUCGCAGUCAGCACUAUAUACAAAACUCACAUGUCAUAUGUGACUAGAUGUCACAGGAACUGCUACUGAAAGCCUGCGCAGGUCAAACUUUGUAUUCCAUUGACGAAUCAGGCAUAACGUAUGUAAAACUGAGUUUCUGAAAUAUACAGAGUAUGUUCGAACUAUUCAGUGAGGACAGUCACGUGAAAAAUCAUGACCUGCGCUGUUAGUCCAAUGAACAGCUAGGUGUUCCCAAUGGCACUAUAAUUAGACAAGUGCUCUAAUUUAUUCUAUUAACACCAAAAGCUAAACUUCAGAACAUAGAGCUAUACUCGUUAUUGAAAUCUGAAUGAAAACUGGUGUAAGAUGCUGAAAUUUGGUCCGAAUGUUUAUGGAUUGCUUGAACUGACAGGAUGUGUGAUUGUAGAGUAGUAAAUGAUAUUAACAUUUAUAGUGUUUGGACAGGUAGCGAUGCGAAAAAAAAGUGCGAAAUUUUCCUUAUAUAAGAUGAGUUAUUUAUAUUUAUGUUAAGUUAGUCCGCUGUCUGAUGUUAUUGUUUUGUAAUCAGAUGUGAAAAUAUAUUGACUGGUGCUAAAUAAUAUUACAUUUGUGUAAAUGCGUUUUUUCUCUUACACCUAUAGAUACUUUAGAGUGUCACAAAUCCAUUUUAACAUGCAUUUGUUUCUCAUCUGUAGACAUAUAUUUGCUGCAUACUUGCAUUAGAUCACGUUACAGGUGUUUCGUAGUGCAGAUAGAUAUAUUUAAUCCGAAUAUCGUGUGUGUCUUAAAGUUAGGAAAUUACUCAGUUAAUCAACUAUUGUACGAAUAUGUGCAUAAAGUAA